AGUCGUGAUCCAAGACGGCGGUCCCUAAAACUUUGUUUUCUGCGAAUUUUCUUCCUGGAAAUUGAUAGCUAUCAGCUAUGGAUCAAUCAAUUAGAAGCCAACAUGGCGCGUUUGUUGUGAGUGCAGGCUUUUGUUUGCAGACGGGGGAUUCCCUGCAUUUUCAGGCCUGAUUCUGACACUGUAUGGUCACCAUUGCUACAGGAGUAUGAUUAUUAGUCGUGUCUAAUGAUGAUUAAGUCAUAGCGGCACUGAGAAGUGAUUUAGAUGGAAAGAAAAGCGCGGAAAUCUGGCAUGGAGGAGUCGUCGGUCCGUCGGACUGGGGAAGUGCGGGAGAAAGAGCUGGACUCUACUGCCACAGAAUUGGCCAACCGCCAGGAUGAGAGUGAUCAGUCCCGCAAGAGACUCAUUGAACAAAGCCGGGAGUUCAAGAAAAAUACACCUGAGGACAUAAGAAAAGCUGUUGCACCCUUAUUGAAAAGCUUCCAAGCAGAGGUGGAUAACCUGUCCAAAAGGAGCAAAGCUGCAGAGGCUUCUUUCCUCUCAGUCUACAAAAAACUUAUUGACAUUCCAGACCCUGUCCCAGUGCUGGAGCACAGCCAGGCCCUGCAGAAGAAGGUACAGCGCGCGCAAGAUGUGGAGGUGGAGAAUGAGAAGCUACGCGAGACGCUGGAAGAAUACAACAAGGAGUUUGCUGAGGUCAAGAACCAAGAGGUGACCAUAAAACAGUUGCGAGAAAAGCUGCGAGAAACAGAAGAGAAAAUGGAGUCCCUGGCUCAGGGGCGCGCCAAGGAGAAAGAAAAGGAAUUGCAGCGGGCCUUUGCAGAAAAAGAAAGACAACUCCAGGAGACUCAGAUGUCUGUUGCUACUAAACUGGGCGAGGCUGAGCACAAAUCUACAACCCUGCAGAAUGCUUUGGAUUCUACUAAUGCUGAGCUUUUUGAGCUGAGGUCCAAAUAUGAUGAGCUGAACAGUGCAAAGUCGGACGAGAUGGACAUGAUCAUGACAGACCUGGAACGAGCCAAUCAGAGAGCAGCCACGGCAGAGAGGGAGGUGGAAACGCUGAAGGAACAGCUGAAGUCCGCCAACGAGUCGCUGCACCUGGCAAAUCAGAUGCAGAAGGCUCCCACCAUGGAACAGGCCAUCGACAUCCUCACACGCUCUAGUCUAGAGGUGGAGGUGGCUGCCAAGGAGAGAGAGGUUGCCCAACUCGUGGAAGAUGUCCAGCGGUUGCAGAGUACCCUGACCUCGUUACGUGAGUCCACCUCAUCGCAGAUUGCCAGGUUGGAAGAGGAGGUACGCAAGAAGAACCUGGCCUUCAGGUCACUGGAAGAGAAACUUCAGACACAGAAGGACUAUGAAGAAAUCAAAAGGGAGCUGGGCAUCAUGAAGUCAACAGAGUUUGGCCAGAGGGAAGAGAGUAGUGACAAUGAGGACCCUGAUGGGAAGUCCCUGGAGGUCCUGCUUCUGGAGAAGAACCGAAGCCUGCAGUCGGAGAACACGACUCUGAAGAUGUCCAACAGUCAGCUCACAGGGUCCUCAGGGCGAAGCUUGGAACCCGCGGGGAUGGUGGGCCUCUCUGCCCUGGACCAACAAAAUGUGCUUGCAUUCACCACAAUGCUUGGUGAGGAAAUAGCUGCUUCCUUCCAGAACGGAUCAGUCAAUCACGAUAAAAAUUCUCAGGACGGGAAAGUGGCAAGCAACGGCAACUCAAGCCGUGUGGUUGUUUUGCCAGCAAACGUACCACUGGUCGGAGCUAACGUGACGACAGCGACGGCCUCUACUGGAGCAGAUGAACUUGACACUUGGGAGAUAGCCAGGCAAGUAAAGGACCUUUUACUCCACAACAACAUUGGCCAGAAGGUGUUUGGCCAGCAUGUCCUGGGCAUGAGCCAGGGAUCGGUCAGUGAGAUCCUGUCCAAACCUAAGCACUGGUCCAGACUGACCUCCAAGGGAAGGGAACCCUUCAUCAAAAUGUACUCAUGGCUUCAGGACAAAGAAAAUAUCGCCAAACUCAAGGCAGCAGAGGGCAGGGACAGAGGUGUGUAUGACCCUGUGCGGCCUAACCCAUCUGAAUCUGAUGCCGCCAUCGCCAUGAUUCUGGAGCGAGCGCGGCAGGAGAUGGCAGCACAACAAGCUCGAGCAAGAAUACCCCCUCCUCUUCCUACGUCCCCCCUGACAAGAAUAAGUCCCGUCCCUUCCUCCCCCCUCACAACAUCCAUCGCUCCGCACAUGUCUCCCCUCAUCCCAAGCUCUCCUACCUUAGCACAGUCUACAGACCUCCAGUUUCCUCGACCCCCACCACUAUCAGUGGCUUCCAUGAAGGACAAUUUACAUGUGACACCUUCUCACACAGUCGUGGCGUCAACUUCAGUUGUGUCGACGGCACCCACAGCCACAAAAUCUACACUGAACAGUGCCGAACCCAUCAUUCCAGUUUCCUCGGCACGGCAAAUCACAUCGAUGUCCGCGUUAUCAUCACGCUUAAUGUCAAUCGCAACCACUCGACCAUUAUCACCAGAACCAGUGCCUAGCUACACUACCAUUGCAAACUUUGCCGGUAUGUCACACCCUUCCCUCCCCACCAUCUCUCCACUCAACAAGCCGCCACGAACCGUGCCUCCCCCUCUCACCUCAGACCAGUACCAGAAGUUUAACGACAUAGACACCAUGGACCUGACCAGAAAAAUCAAAGACACCCUGGCAAGGCUUGCCAUUGGACAGAAGGUGUUCGGGGAAAAGGUGUUAGGACUCUCACAGGGAAGUGUCAGUGACAUGUUAGCGCAUCCCAAACCGUGGUCCAAGUUGACACAGAAGGGAAAAGAGCCGUUCAUCAGAAUGCAGCUGUGGUUGGAAGAAGUGGAGCAUACUGGAGGGGAUGCCAUGGGCAUGACGUCGAUAAGGAACAAUACCCCAAGAUUGACAGAGCCCAGACCACCAGAGAUGGUUGUGCCAUCCUCGCCAACCACGUGUAGCAGUAGAAUUACCAGCAGUACCAGUCCACCUGCCACUGUCGCCACUCCAAAACACGUGCCACCAGUCAACAAAAGGGUCCCUGAAUCUAAACCAAUGACAAUUCAAGAACUUGUUGCCCUCUCCCCUGACCUAGACACAUAUGCCAUCACAAAGAGAGUGAAAGAAGUUUUGAUGGAGAACAACAUAGGACAGAGGCUGUUUGGGGAGACAAUCCUGGGCCUGACACAGGGGUCUGUAAGCGAUCUACUGUCCAGGCCUAAGCCAUGGCACAAGCUCAGCUUAAAGGGCAGAGAACCCUUUGUACGCAUGCACCUGUGGCUGAGUAACCCAGAAGCCAUUGCACAAGUCAAGGCCAUAAAGGAAGAAGCCAAAGCACAUCGCCGUCGUCAUUCCACCUCCAGUCUUUCUGACAGCAACUCUUACGACGGCCCUCAUCACAAGAAGCAGCGGGUUGUUCUCUCCCCUGAAGAAAAGGAGGCCCUGAGAAAGGCAUAUGAACAGGAACCUUACCCCUCACCCAGCACCAUCGAGUACCUGGCAGCCAAACUCAACCUUCGGCCGUGCACCGUGACCAACUGGUUCCACAACUACCGUUCGCGUCUGCGGCGAGGCUCAUUCAACGAGAGCCACCACCACCAGGAGCAGCAACACCAGCAGCAGCUGCAGGCGGCCAUCAGUGAACUACAUCAACAACAGCUUCAAAUGCUGACCAUCAACCUUCCAGCGACCCCUAACGACCUCCCCACCAUGGUCGUCAUCAACCAAGACGGUGCCCUCAACCUCAGCAGUAGGGAUAACGCUUCCAGUCUGUCAGAAACGGUAGUCGUAGCAACUGCAGGAAACGGUCCGAAUCAGGAGCAGUCCGGAAAGCCUGAGGCCAGGGAGUGGGACAGUCGCAGUAGAGACAAUGGUCUGGGACUGACCCGAAGGCACGGUUCAGAAAACUCUGAGACUGUCGUGUGCAAGACAGAAGUAGACAAUUGGAGCGACACAGACGAGAUGGAGGUGGAGGAUGGCAACUCCCACAGCAGCCAGGAAAUGAUUAUGCCAACUCCAAAACAGGUAGUGGCUGUAGGAAGGAUGGAGAACCCCUCCCCGGGCAGCCCUGCUGAUCUGACCCCGCUAGUGGCUAUUAACCAGGAUGGUGUGCUGAACCUGAGCAGCAGAGAUGAUGCUGACGACAGCUCACAGGGCAGCCAGGACGGCAGGAAGAUAACAGCAGUCAAGAGGUUGGAGAACAGCAUUAAGGAGGAGGAGGGGUUGGACCAGUGGGAAUUCUAGAGGAUACAAAUUGCCUCACUCAAAGAAUACAAAAGCCAAGCUCUACAUGUCUGAUGGUGUAUGUAUACAUAUACAUGUGCUUGGAAAUAUGUCCUGCUUUUUCUCCUCAAAGUAAACUUGACUAGCAAAAAAAUGACCCUGUUACAGGUUUGAUUUUUCCUGUGACACAGCAGAUACAUGCAAGUUUAAUGUUUAUCACAGGUUGAACCAAGACCCAAGCCUGCUACCCAAGAGUGCAUUUUUAUGCUAUGUUACAGGACUGACAUUAGGUUAAGGUGGUAGGUCUUUGACAAGAGAAUCUAGUUUCAUUUACCAUAGCAUUAGAAUUUAUGAAUCUGUACCUUUAAGCAAAGAAGAAAUCAUGCAUGCAAUUCAUGGUAAGAUAAGCACAAAAACUAACAAUUUAGAAACCAUACAUAAAUACGAUCCUUCCAUUUUACCUCAUACUAAGUGGCCUGUCAUUUUAGUUUCAAUCCUACCUAUCACUAAGAUGACAGUAACUGUUGGUAUUAGAUAUAUAAAAACUUUGUUGAACAAAACAGUACUACCCAAUGGCAGUGCUUAUACAUGCACUCCUGUACAACAUGGAGACGGAGUAGUUUUACAAUUAGUGAUGCAGUAUCAGACUUGCGGCAAUAAACUUCUGACAAAAAUACGAAUCACAACUCUACAUACCCAAGCAUAGCCUCAACAAAUGCUUACUACAACUCCCCAAACCGCGGCCCCAAAAUUAUUGUAUACAGAAUCAUUUUGUCUGAUGUUAUUGUGGAAAGGAAAGCAGGUCACAAGGUAAUAUGACUUGUUGGCCUGUUGUUCCAAAAAUGUGUCCUAAAAUCAUGUGUAAAAUUGCUUCUCAUGAUCAUGUAUUUGAUGGAAAUGUAGUUUUGUAACAUUGUCAAUAUGUGCAGUUAUAUAUAGAUAGUAAGGAAGCUGUAUCAAUAUAGUUGUGAGUUUAUGUAAAAUAAAGGAGUGAAUGUCCGAAUGUGUCAUUACUGUUGCCUUCAUGAUACACCCCUGUGAGAUAACAUGGUAGGUCCCACCUCAGCUAGGUUAUCAGACUCUGAUGUGCAGUCACAGGAUCGGUGUAUUUAACGAAUAGGGUUGUAAGUUAAUAUGGGACAAAGGUACAGAAUGUAAACUUGUCCCAUGUUAAAUGUAAUAAAAAUUGUGGUCAGCUGCAAUUGAGUGUGAUAGUUUUGUAAAGCUGCCUUCCAUUUUUAUGUACCUUAGGGUAGAAGUAUGUAGUGUACAGUAUAACAAGAGUAAGUAUUGUAUAGAUGUGCGUGAAAACUGGGAGCAAAACAUGUCAGUAUUAAAACAACAGGAACAUCAUGUCACCUGUAGUAAUUUUGUACCGAUUGUGAUAUUUUUGUACUUGUCAGUCUGUGCAACAAUGUUAUCUGUGGAAAAUAGAAUUCCACACAAAGAUGAAAUAUGUCUUCAUGCCCUGUUGGUGUAUUUGUAAGUAGUAAAUGCAUCAUGUGUCUCCGUGUUAUACAUGACCUGAAUGUAAUGUCACAAAUGUCAGGCUCUUCCAUUUUUUUAAAUUUUGCAUUGGAGACACCAAAGAAAAAUAUAUCCAGGGGAUCUGGGAGUUACAGCAUAUACAUGCAUGAGGAUAGAAACUUAGAGGAGGUUUUCAAAAAUUGGAAGGGGGUGAAAAGAAAAGUUUCGGGUCACCCCCUUGAGAUGUAUGAAAUGGAACAGCCUUACCUUGUCUAAAUGCAGUCUUAGAUGUUCUUGGUGUUGUUCAGAUCCCAUGCAAUGGUAGUGUUUGUAAGUCACAUGUUCACAUGUUGUUCCUUGUAUCUUGGCAAUAUCUUUUUUUCAGGAUAGAUAGUUCAAUGUCAAUACUGUUGUCUGUCAAUGUUUAUAGCCAUAGCAUUUAUAAGCAGUUUUCUAAGAUAUGUUAUUUGCAGCAUUUUACUCUUCUCUCUAAUGUUAGCAAUAACAUGCUUAAUAUCUGUAGUACUAUACUGUUGUAUGUGCAUUGCUUUUUGGAUUGCAAGGGCUGGACUUUUUAGUCACUAAAACUGUUGAGACUACUGAGUUUAUUCUCUAUUAUGACACUUUUUAAAAGCACUCCUUGGAUAUUGUGAUUUCGAAGUUCGCAAAGACUUUCUUUAUUUUUUAACUUUAUUGUUUCCUCAAUAAUGCAGUGAUUAUAUGAGAUUAUUAUGUACCCUUACAUUCUUUAUUUACAGUCCACACUUGCUUGUAUGCAUCUGUGUGCAACAGUUGUACAAUAUGUAAUUGUGUGUAUCUACUCUGUCUAACAGUAGUACAAAAUCGUAUUAGAACAACAUGUACAUGACAGUAGUCAAUGUUCAAACUGUGUCUUAGAUGUCUCAAGAAAAGUGUCCAGGUGUAAUGGACACAUAAGGAAUUUAUCCUUAAAAGUAUUUCGCAUUAGGUACAUUUCUAAAUUUUGUUUUGUUUUUACUUAUAUGAUAUUUUAUUUAGUUAGUUAAAUUGUGUAAUCUGUAAGAUAACUUACAUAAAAUGUUAGUUCUUUUUUAAUAUUUUGUACCAUUAACAAAUAUUGUGUCACCUCAUAUAUUUUGCUAUGUAUUGUAUAUGUAAUGCAGUCUAGAAUAGAUACUAUCCUUGGUAUAGCCUAUAGUUUUCUGUGUUGUACUAAAACAUGUUAUAAUGUCUGCCCAGCCUGAAACAGGUUGGGGUAUAUGUGCCACUUAUGUAUUGUCUGUGUACAAGUCUCUGUGUAAUAAAAAUGUGACACCCAUG